UCCUAUAUUCAGACUCUGGAAGGUGAGGAAUUGGAAAGUUAUCACGACCGAUGAUCUUAACCCAAGAUUGCCUCAGAGGGACUAUCCCCAUGACAAGAGGACAGUAUGUUUUCUGAGAUAAAGCACAUCUGCUAAAUAAAAAAUAAUCAACUUAUGCUCAAAAGUAGUGUACAAUCUUUCUUUCCCAAUGCUGUGUUUAAACACAAUUAUUAAUUGCAUAUAGGCUUUUUUUUUAUUAAAAUAAUUCCAAAUAAGAUAAAUAAAAUAGAAAUCAAAUAUUCAUUAACGGAAUAGUUCACCCAAAAAAUUAUAAUUCUGUAUCAUUUUUGCUCCAAGUCCAUAUGAAUAUGAAAUAGAUGUUUAGCAGAAUGCGCAUGCAGCUCUUUCCCAUACAAUGAAAGUACAUGGUGAACCAGGACCCUCAAGGAACACAAAGAACAAAAAGUCCAUACAAAGCUAUUAAGCUAUUUUCCCAAUUUUCUGAAGCAAUAUGAUAGCUUUGUGUGAUGAAUAGAGUGAACUUUAAGCUGUGAUUAGCUUAAAAGUGUCAAAUAUAAAUGCUGUCACCUCACAAUUUCACUAAUUCAAACUUGGCGUGUUGCAUUCAGUAACGAGAUGCGCAAACCAAAAAAAAAAAGCAUUGUCUUUUUCUUGUUUAAGUACUAAACCGUAGGAAAAUAUUUUCACUGAAUACCUCACACAAAUGUCUCGUAUGGCUUCAGAAGACUUGGAAUAUAGUGCAGAAUUCAUAUGGACUAUUUUAAUUGCACUUUAUAACCAUAUAAUGAUGUACGAUCAUACCAGUGUUACACUAGGCUGGGCUCAAAGGUGUACGAUCAACCUGGUGUGAUCUGAAAGUGAGUAAAUUAUGACAGAACUCUUUAAUUAAUGCAAUCAUAACAUAAACUGUUUUCAAAGAUUACUUCAUUUUAAAAAUGCUGAGGUGAAAGAUGCCAACACAGGUAUUUUACCAUAAUUUAGGUCAUUACUUCAUUGAUUGGAAUUCCUGCAUCCUUUAAAUAUUGCAUGCAAGACAUGCAAUGCAACUUCCUCUUACUGUAAUGGGAGGUAGAAGAAAAUACCUGUCUAAAUUCCCCUGCUGUCCCACUAUAAGAACAACUGCGAUCGACAUGCAGAGAUGCACAUCAUUCUAUGGCGAAAACUCGCAUUGGACCUCGAUAGGUAAUAACAAGGUUAAAUUAUUGGAAUUAUGAUGAAGAAUUCAUUGAUCCUGUACAGCUUGCUUUUAUGUACUCUGCUGGGUUGUCUAUGGGGCACAGCUCAGGGUCGGAAGCUUCACCUGGGCAAGUGUGUUGUUAACAUUCACACUCAUGAGCUCAGGCAUCACUUCCAGCACAUACGUCAAGGCAUGAUUGCAGGAGAUAACAACAAGGUUAUCAGGUUGCUUGGAAAAGAAGUGAUGAAAAGUUUACAGGGUACAGAAAGCUGUUGCUUCCUAAGGCAGCUGCUUCACUUCUACAUGGAUAAGGUUUUUAUCAACUACACCAGCAGCCAUUCCCUACAUCGCAGGACCACCAGUGUCCUAGCAAACUCCUUCCUCGGUAUCACCAAGGACCUACAUGUCUGUCAUGCUAAUGCAAACUGUGAGUGCAGUGAAGGUGCCACUCAAAAAAUCGCAGACAUUAAAACCAUGUACAACAAGCUUGAUCAAACAGCAGGAACAGUAAAAGCUAUUGGAGAGUUGGACUCGUUAUUUGAAUGGCUAGAAAGUUUUCAACACCAUUGAUACAAAGGAAUAAGAACUAAAUCCAAUAAGCUUGAUAAGCACAGCCUCAGCUGAAUAGAUGUAGUACUGUACUAUUAAUGUGGGAAUAAUUUAUUUAAAUAAUUUACUACAUUUUGUGGGUCAUAUUUAUAUACAUAUUUGCAUGAUGUUUAAAUGUCAUGCUGCAAAGUAGACCUUUGAGGUCAGUUUGUAAUUUAAAUGUGUUUUAUUUAAGCUUUGAAUU